AUGUUGGGCAAGGUCGUUCUCGAAGAAGCCUACGAGCGUGCCGGCAAGGAGGAAAAGUCCAAGGCCGAGGCUGCCCUGUACAUUGCCCCCGAGGACCGUGUUCGCUACAUGCGCCAGAUCCACGACGUCAACGAUGAGCGUGUCCGUCUGUCAAACGCUCACGGCAUUGGCUAUACCGUCAUCUCCCUGACCGUUCCCGGUAUCCAGGGUAUUUCCGACAAGGCCCUGGCGGAGAAGACUGCUUUUGAAACCAAUAACUGGGCUGCCGAGCAAAUCAAGCACCACCGCGACCGUAUGGGUGCUUUCGCCUGUCUGUCCAUGCACGACCCUAAGCAAGCUGGCCAGGAGCUUCGUCGCUGUGUUCAGGAGCUCGGCUUCCACGGUGCUCUUCUUUGCGACUUUCAGCACUCCGGCCCCAAAGGCGAGACUUACCUCUACUAUGACCAGCCCGCAUACGAUGAGUUCUGGAAGGUUCUCACUGAGCUCGAUGUCCCCUUGUACAUCCAUCCCGCUGCUCCUUGUGAUGUCGUCCUGGAGAAGCUGUACGCCCAGCGCCAGAACUUGAUUGGACCCCCUCUGUCCUUUGCCAACGGUGUCAGCUUGCAUACUCUCGGCCUGAUCUCCAACGGUGUGUUCGAUCGCUUCCCUACCGCCAAGGUCAUCAUUGGCCACCAGGGCGAGCACAUUCCCUUCGACUUCUGGCGUAUCAACCACUGGUUUGAAGAUGUCAAGCGUCCCAUCGCCAACGAGGAAGGCCGUGUUAUGGCCAAGAAGACCAUCUAUGACUACUUCAAGCAGAAUAUCUGGAUCACCACCAGUGGACACUUCUCCACUUCUACUCUGAAAUAUGUUGUCAACGAGAUUGGUGCCGAUCGCGUUCUGUUCAGCGUUGACUACCCUUACGAGACCAUUGAGAACGGUUGUGGCUGGUGGGAUAACGAUGCCGAAGCCAUCCAGGAAGCUGUUGGCGGUGUUGAUGCCUACCGCCGCAUCGGCCGUGACAACGCGAAGAAGCUUCUCAAGCUAGGCUCUUUCCACGACUCGGAGGCUCCUGUCAACUAA